UCUGUUUUAUUGCUUUGAGAUACGAAUGAAUUUGUCUACUCAACCACCUUUUAUAUGAGUUUAUCAAUCACAGUUUUUUUUCCCACUAAAAGUCUUGCUGAAGAAUUAUUCUCUUAACUUUGAACGAAGAAUUUGAUCUUCGUGUUUGGUUUAAUCCGCAGAUAAUUCACGACCCUCUUCACCAAAAUAGAAAAAGAUCCGAUCUUUACAAUUACAUCUCAAAUCCCAUUAAAAAAAUUUCGAAUAAAUUCUUGGCUUUUGACUAAGGAAUUAUUCCGACCGCCAUUGCCGGAGAGUAAAGCUUUUCCGAUACACAGAUGUCUCCUCCGACAUACUUCCCUCUCCGGUGGGAGAGCACCGGCGAUCAGUGGUGGUACGCGUCUCCGAUCGACUGGGCCGCCGCCAACGGCCACUACGACUUAGUCCGCGAGCUCCUCCGGCUCGACGGCAACCACCUCAUAAAGCUGACCUCCCUCCGCCGCAUACGGCGGCUGGAGACGGUGUGGGACGACGAGGAGCAGUUCCACGACGUCGCCCGGUGCCGCUCCGAGGUGGCGAGGAGGCUGCUGACGGAGUGCGAGAUCAAGAAGGGCAGGAACUCCCUCAUCGGCGGCGGCUACGGCGGCUGGCUCCUCUACACGGCCGCCUCCGCCGGCGACGCGGGCUUCGUGCGGGAGCUGCUGGAGAGGGACCCGCUCCUCGUGUUCGGCGAGGGCGAGUACGGCGUCACGGAUAUCCUCUACGCCGCCGCGAGGAGCAAGAGCGAGGACGUUUUCAAGAUGGUGCUCGAUUUCGCCGCCGCGCCGCGGUUCGCCGGCGCCGGGGAGGACCAGGGCGGGGAGAUCCCUGCGGCUUACAGGCUGGAGAUUAUGAACAGAGCGAUCCACGCCGCCGCGAGAGGCGGCAAUCUCCGGCUGUUGAAGCAGCUCCUCCGUGAUUGCUCCGACGAUGCUUUGGCUUAUAGGGAUGUUCAGGGAGCUACCGUUUUGCACGCCGCCGCAGCCCGAGGCCAGGUCCAGGUUGUGAGAGAUCUGGCUUCAUCUUCGAGUCUAGUCGAAGCCAUGGACAAUCAAGGCAACACGGCCUUGCACGUGGCAGCUCAACGCGGCCAUCUAGCCGUGGUUGAAGCCCUCAUCCUAGCCUCACCUUCAUCCAUCACUGCCACAAACAGCAGUGGAGAGACAUUCCUCCACGCAGUCGUUGCCGGCUUCCAAACCCCCGGUUUCCGGAGGCUGGACCGGCAGAUGGCGCUGAUGAAGCACCUCCUCUCGGGGAAGCUCUUCCCCGUGGAGGAGAUCAUCAACGCCACGAACAGCCAGGGCAGAACCCCUCUACACUUGGCCAUUGCAGCCAACACUCACUCCAAUCUUGUUGAGCUGCUCAUGACUGUGAGGUCCAUUGAUGUCAACACACGCGACAAGGAUGGCGCCACGCCCCUCGAUAUCCUCAGGCAGCGGCCUCUCUCUGCCUCCUCGGAGCUGCUCACCCGACACCUCAUCUCAGCCGGAGGGAUCUUCACCUCCCAAGACUACUCGGCUAGGAGGGUGAUCGCGUCCCACAUCAAGAGGCAGAGCAUGGGGAGCAGCCCGGGGACGUCUUUCCGGAUCAGCGAUGUUGAGAUCUUCUUGUACAGCGGCUUGGAGAAUGCCUCGGAUCAUAGCUCGUGCUCGCCUGAGGUGGAGGCGCCACCUAGUGGUAGUAAGGCUGCUGCAGCUGCUGCUGCUCCGGUGAGCUCUGCAGCGCAGCGCCUCAAACGCCUCCUGCAUUGGCCUAAGAUGAGGAGCAAGAAGCUGGUGCAGGAAGAGGGGGUUCCCCUGCCUCUGCGGCAGAGAUUCUCGAAGCCGGCUUCUUCGUUGUCGAGCAAUAAACGGGCUCUCUCCGUGCGGAGCAGCCCGGCUGCUGCGAAGAAGAAGCUGGCUUCGGGGGUGGUGCACGGAGUGAUGCAGGGGGUUCCCGCGGGGUCACAUAGGUCGCGUUCAAGUUCGUUCUCGAAGCUGUCCUUCUCUUCGCAUAGCUCGUUGGAUGCUUCUCAUCAGAUCGAGCACGAGGCCUCGAAGGCGUCGUGCUCGAAUGAUGAGGGGCCGAGGAGACCGUCCACGGCCCAGAGGCAUGGUGUGGUGAAUAGGAGGAUGGUGAUGAACCAGUAUCUCUGCUUCGGUGGCCCGAGCCAGGGCGUCGAGGCGGCCCCGGAGCCGUACGAUCUGUACGAGCGCUCAGUGUUGGCCGCCGCAUGACGGCGAGAGAGAAUCAUGAGGUAGAGAAGUUGGUGAUAACUAGUUUUGUACAAAUGUUUAAAGUCGAGAGAUAUGGUUGUUUUUUGAGUUUUUUUCUUUUUAAUGAGAUGUGUUUUUCAAUCUUUUCUUGGAUCAUCAAAUUUCAUGGGGUGUUUUGCU